AAGUGCUUGCUUUGUGAAAAAUUCGAUUAUUGUGGAAUCUACUGAAUACUGUCGCGUAUUUGCGUUAAACUCCACCAUUUCCUUUCAUUCAUGCAACAACAACUAAAAACGAACCGUUCCCUCUUAGUAUGUGAAGCAGGUUGAGGUUCAUUCAAAGAAACUAGGUAUAUUCUCCACCAUGGACGGUGGAGACAGGAUCCUGGUGGCGGCGGGGGUGACGGCGGCCGUGGUGGUGGGCGCCUUCGUGCUGUGGGGCCCGGGCGGCGCGCCGCGGGUGAGGAAGCGGCGCGGGCAGAUCGCCGGGCUGCAGAACCUGGGCCGCACCUGCUUCCUCAACACGCUGCUGCAGGCGCUGGCCGCCUGCCCCGUGUUCAUCGAGUGGCUGCGCAAGUACGCCAAGAACGUCGGCAACAACAGCAUGAUCACCACGCUCUAUACGGUGAUUGAAGUGGUAAAUGGCACGCACGAGUCAGCCCGCGGCACGGCGGUGUGCCCACUGGGGGUGCUGCAGGCGCUGCGGGGGGCGGGCUGGGUGGUGCCCGCGGAGCAGCAGGACGCCCACGAGCUGCUGCAUGUGCUGCUGUCCUGCGUGGACGAGGAGAUCAGCGCCAUGGCCAAGAAGCCGGGCUGCCUCUCCGACGCCCUCGGCCUGGGCGGGCGCGCGUACUCGGCACUAGCGUCGCCCGCGUCCCCCCCGCCCGGGCGCGCCGACUCCACCCCGCCGACGCCCUCCGCCGCCGCCGCGCGCCCCGCCUCCGCUGCGCCGCCAGACGAGCCCGCGCUCGCCGAUCCUGAACCGCUAAGCAUGGAGCCGCGCCGCCUGACCAAGGGCGUGUCCCGGUCGUUCUGCCACCUGUCGUCAGUAGGCCGCCGCUGGGUGCCGGCGGGCGUGCCGCGCGCGCCGCCGCCGCCGCCGCCCUUCCACGGCACGCUCGCCUCGCGCCUGCAGUGCACGCAGUGCAAUACUAAGAGUCCGGUGCGUUACGACAAGUUCGACAGCAUCUCGCUGCCGCUGAACGCGCCCAGCCUCACCGGGAACUACAGCCUCGCCGGUCUGCUGCGAGCGUUCACAGCUCCAGAGAUAGUGAAGGGCGUGCGGUGCGGCAAGUGCGCGCCGGAGGGGGGCGCGGGGGGUGCGGGGGGCGCGGGGGCGGGGGACGAGCUGCACACGCAGCACAUCCGGACUGUGAGCUUCGGGAAGCUGCCCCAGUGCCUGUGCGUGCACAUAGCCCGCGUGCAGUGGGGCGCGGGGGGGCUCACCAAGCGCGGGGAGCACGUCGCCUUCCCCGAGACGCUGUGCCUGGCGCCCUACACGCACGCGCCGCACGCCAGCCAGCAAGUGGACCUCUCAUCCUUCGCCCCGGGGCGCGUGGUCCGCGGGGCGGCGGCGCUGCCCCCCGCGGCGCCCGACCGCGCGCUGUACUCGCUGGCCGCCGCCGUGGUCCAUGUCGGCGGCCCGAGGUCGGGGCACUUCGCCACGUAUAGGAGGGGGAACGGGUUUGAGGCUAAGAGAUGGUGGUACACAUCAGACACCCUCGUGCACGAGGUGUCGCUACAGGAGGUGCUGCGCUGCGCCGCGUACAUGCUGUUCUACGAGCGCAGCAAGCCGCUGGCGCCCGGGGCACUGAGCGCCAGCACCGGGCCUGGAGCCAGCUUCUAGACCCAGGCUGGGGCUAGCCUGGCGCACGGAACUGAUGCAACUGUGAGGAGACACUGGGACCUGAGAGUUUUUCUGCCAGGAUGCUC